AUGAAGGUGCUGUACUGCACGGGGAACGCGGGCAAGUUCCGCGAGGCGAGCUUCGUCAUCGACGGAUGGAACGAGUCGCACGAGUCAUCGACGGUGGAGUACGUGCAGGUGGACGCGGACCCGGUCGAGGUUCAGGGCACCCCGGAGGAGAUCGGCGCGAGCAAGGUGGUGGAGGCGACGCGGCUGCUGCGGGAGCGCGGCGCCAUCCCGCCGGACGUCGACUGGGUCGUCACCGAGGACGUGGGUCUCCACCUCCGGUGUUUGAACGGAUUCCCCGGUCCGUACUGCAAACCCAUGCUCGAGGCCAUCGGCGACGCCGGGCUGUGGGACAUGAUGAGCCGGUACGAGGACAGGCACGCGCUCGUGACGUGCAACCUCGCCGCCGUGCACGUCAGGGACGGCGGCGAGCUCGACGGAACCCCCGAGCUCUUCGUCGGAGAGAUCGAGGGCGCCAUCCUGGGACCGCCGAGGGGAGACGUGAAGCACGGAAAGGCGUCGUGGAACAGCGUGUUCACGCCGGCGGGUCACGACAAGACGUUCGGGGAGCUGCAGUUCCACGAGCAGGCGAUGUUCUCGCACAGGCGACGCGCCAUACUCAAGUUCCUGGAGGCGAAGGCGCCCGAGUGA